AUGGCCCCCUAUCGUGUUGGUGAUGUGCAAGUAUUAACAGAGGAUAUGAAAGAAUUUAAUCGAGCAAUGAGCUCCCUCCGAGUUUCUGUGGAAUGGUUGUUUGGUGAUGUUGCAAACAGUUUUAAAUUUAUUGAUUUUAAGAAAAAUUUAAAAUUACGGCUUAGUGCAGUUGGCAAGUUUUAUGUUGUUGCUGCAUUGAUGAGAAACAUAUUAACAUGUCUCUAUGGGAAUACUACUUCAAAGUACUUUCACAUUGAUCCACCGACCAUCGACUCUUACUUAGGGGUGCAUAAUUAG